AUGCGGGCCUCAGCAUCCCUCGUCAUCCUCUCGGCCCUCGCUGCCAACCUGGCCUCGCCCGCCAGAGCUUCCUGCGGAAGUGCUUGCGACACCUGCAGCCCUGUGGACGAGGACGUCAUUGAGCGCGACGUCAUUGUGGUCGGCGGCGGCGCCUCAGGCACGUACUCGGCCAUCCGCCUGCAGGACCUCGGCGCCAGCGUCGUCUUGAUUGAGAAGGAAGGCCGCCUAGGCGGACACCAAAACACAUUCAUCGACCCGGCCUCGGGCGCCGCCAUCGACUUUGGUGUGCAGGGCUUCGCCAACACGAGCGUGACGACCAACUUCUUCGCCCGCUACGACAUCCCCAUCGAGCCCUUCAUCUUUGGCGCCGACAAUACCACCUACGUCGACUUUGACACGGGCGCCGUAGCCGCCAAUUAUACGCCCAACUUCAAUUUCUCCUCCUACGCCGCCUUCCUGUCGCGGUGGCCCGACGCCGCGCCCCGGGGUUUCAGCUGGAUCCCCUAUCCGGUGCCCGAGGACCUGCUCCUGCCCUUCGGCGAGUUCAUCGAGAAGUACGGCCUGCAGGAGCAGGCGUGGGUGAUAUGGUGGAUUGCCAACGGCGUGGCCAACCCGCCGUUCCUGCAGCAGACGACGCUCAACAUCAUGAAGUACUUUGACAGCGUCUUCAUCGACGCCGUCCGCUACUCCGGUCCGGGGUCUGGCGGCGUCCCGGACAUGACGACGAGCAAGCACGACAACGGCGCGCUGUACGCCGCGGCGCACAACGAGCUCGGCGAUGACAACGUCCUGCUCGAGUCGACCGUCGUGUCGGGCACGCGGGGCGCCGCCGGCGUCGAGCUGGUGGUCGCGUCGCCGAUCGGCAGCGUCACGCGCGUGCGCGCCAAGCGGCUUGUGCUCACGAUCCCGCCGACCCCGGGCAACAUGGAGCCGUUCGGGCUCGACGCCGCCGAGCGGGGCGUCUUCGGCCGCUUCACGCACAGCGCCUUCUACGUCGGCGUCGUCAACACGACGGGGCUCCGCCAGGGGCAAAAGUACCGCAACAUCAAGCUCGACGGCAGCGUCAAGUACAACGUGCCGCAGAACGGGAAGUACGAGAUCCUGCCGACCGUCGUGCCGGGCAUGUUCAUGUACUGGUUCGCGUACGAGGCCGAGCAGACGCAGGCGGCCGUCGAGGCCGAGGUCGCGGCCGUGGUGAGCCGGCUGGAGCAGGGGAAGGGCCGGGUGGUCAACUUCCCGGCGUUCGCGAGCCACUCGCCGUUCAAGAUGCAGGUCGGCGCCGAGGACAUUGCGGCCGGGUUCUACGAGGACUUCUUGGCCCUGCAGGGGCAGAAGAGCACGUGGUAUGCGGGAUCGGCGAUCCUGACGCACAACUCCGGGGAGCUCUGGAACUUUACGCACCACCUGAUGCCCGAUGUUGUCAAGGGUGUCCUUAAGUGA